AUGUCUCGGCAGCAACGCGGCCCUGGGACUACAUUAGCUAAUACGGCUAUCUCGACGGUUCCAGGUACCACAACAACCACUUACUCCGGCUCUACAGUCCCACUGCCAGUUGCACGACGUCAACAUAACAACGCAUCAGGAUUCGUAGCCUCUCCGGUACGACAGCAAGGAUGGGUUACGGUUAAGGAAGGAAGCUUCAUUACUGCUUGGAAGGACAGAUACUUGGUCCUACGCAAGGAGUGGCUUGACUUCUGCAAAUCCGAAGGCGGCAAGUCCGCAUAUACCCUCUUUCUGAGUGAUGUGGUUGGCGUUGGUCGUGUCGAAACUGGUACUCCCAUCCUGGAGAUUAAGAGGAGAGGUAAUUGUUCUUCAACUAGUCCUGGCGAGAAGGAGGGCGAGUUCCGGGUCAUGCACCUGAGGACCAAAACGGAGGACGACUUGUACAAAUGGAUUGACUGCAUAUACAUGGCAUGCCCUGGACUGGGUGGUGUGAGCAAUCCCACCAAUUUUUCCCAUGCCAUCCACGUUGGAUUCAACCCAGGCAGCAAGGAAUUCGUUGGUCUGCCUCACGAGUGGGUUCAACUGCUAAGUGCGUCCGCAAUCACCAAGGAGGAUUAUGCACGAAAUCCACAAGCCGUCAUCGAAGCCGUCGACUUCUAUUCGGAUUUGACCAAAAAGACAGACAACCCCGAGGAGUACCUAGCUUUGUCACCAACUUCAGCAAAUCGAUUACUCGAAGAGCUGACCGAAGACCCUGACAUUGAUGCGAUUGCCGCAACUUCUGCCAACAUUUCAUCUGCGCCUCGGGCAAAUGCAUAUCUCCCGCAAGGUGCUAACAGCAAGCUCACUUUCCAACAACAUGAGCAGAGAAGAGAAAGAAGUCAAGAAAGGGUACCCAAUUUACCGAUCGAGAAUCUCUCAAUAUCCAAUACCGAGUCCUCCAGUAGGGUCGCUCCCAAUGCCAGGCAAGACAUCCAACCCCUCCGUCCUGCACCCUUGGCUCCAAAGCUACGAAGAGUUCCUCCUCAGCCGGUUCGCCCUGCUGCGGAUCAAUCACCAACCAAGACAGUUCCAGACAAGUCAACACUUGAGGUGUCUGUAACUCGACCUGAACAGGUCUCGAAACCAGCCCAGGACCCUACUUUGACAGCCAUUCCAGUUCCGUCGAAGAGGAGACAAGCCGUCCGGCAUCUCACCACAUCAGAAGCGGAACUCAUCUCAAAGCUGCAGGCGGUUGUAUCUGCAGGAAAUCCAGAUCACUCCUAUUCGAGGCAAAGGAAGAUUGGACAAGGCGCCUCCGGUUCAGUCUACGUUGCAAAGAUCAAAGACACCGCAGUUGGUGUUGCUCAAGAUAUUAUGCUUGAGCGAGGUCUGAAUGCUCGCGUGGCCAUCAAGGAAAUGAGCCUUGCGCGCCAGCCUCGCAAGGAGCUUCUCGUGGAUGAGAUAAUGAUCAUGAAAGAGAACCGGCACGAAAAUAUCAUUAAUUUCUUGGAUGCAUUCUUAGUGAAUGAUAAUAGGCAGUUAUGGGUUGUGAUUGAGUACAUCGACGGUGGUGCAUUGAACGAUAUCAUCGACAACAACUUGACGAUCCCUGAACGGCAUAUGGCGACCAUUUGUAGGGAGACUUGCCAAGGCUUGCAGCAUCUGCAUUCUAGGCGCAUCAUUCACAGAGACAUCAAGAGCGACAAUGUUCUCAUGGACAGCAGGGGACACAUUAAGAUCACCGACUUUGGAUUCUGCGCGAAACUCAACGAGCGACGAUCCAAACGCGCAACAAUGGUGGGAACCACGUACUGGAUGGCCCCCGAAGUUGUGAAGCAAAAGAACUACAGCUACAAGAUUGAUGUAUGGUCUCUUGGUAUCAUGGCUAUUGAGAUGGCUGAAAUGGAGCCCCCUUAUAUGGACGAGGAGCCAUUAAGGGCGUUGUACCUCAUUGCGACGUCAGGGACACCACCACUGCGGCAUGCCGCCAAGCAUAGCCCAUUGCUCAAGUCAUUCCUAGCCAGAUGUCUAAGAGUGGAUGUCGAGCAGCGUGCCUCGACGGAUGAGUUGCUGGACCACGAAUUUCUGAACUCUGGGGGGUCUCAGGAAACUCCUGACACUGAAGUUCCUCACAUCCGAACAUACUUCUACAUCGGAGGAGAAUAUGCCAAAGACGAAAAAGGGGGCCAUUUCUUCCGCGAUCAAAUGUACGUGGAGAAACUGGUCCCAGCUCAAGGGGUGACACAAAAGAUUCCCAUAAUAAUGAUGCAUGGAAAUUGUAUGACUGGCACGAACUUCCUCAACAAACCUGAUGGCGGCCGUGGCUGGGCAUCAGACUUUCUACUCCAAGGCUACGAAGUGUACAUCAUAGACCAACCACUCCGCGGGAGGUCAGCAUGGCAUCCCGGCGACGGCGUUCCAUCUCCAUCCACAUAUUCCGCUGAACUCAUGCAAGAUCGGUUCACGGCUCCAAAAAGAGCGAUGCAAUGGCCUCAAGCUGCGAAGCAUACACAGUGGCCUGGCACGGGUAUCAUGGGCGACCCCAUCUUUGACGCAUUUUACGCAUCGACAGUCCAGUUCAUCAACAAUGAGACAUACCUACAAAUACGGACACAAAAAGCCGGCGCAUCUCUGUUAGACAGGAUUGGAAAACCCGUCAUCUUGCUCGGCCACAGCCAAGCAGGUGCCUACCCACCGCUAAUCACAGACAUACGGCCACAUCUCGUUCACGCCAUGAUUCUCCUGGAACCAAAGGGCCCGCCGUUCCAGGAAGCCGUGUUUAGUGCGGCCAAGACACGGCCGUGGGGGAUAGUCGACGCACCCAUCACGUAUGAUCCGCCUGUGGUAGAUCCAGAUAGGGACUUUGUCAAAGUGAAGCAUCCGCCGGCUGGGGCGGACUUGUCGGAGUGUGUGUUGCAGGCGAGGGAGCCGCCGCCGAGAAGGCUGAAGAACCUGGUGGAUACGCCGAUACUGGUGGUUACGGCGGAAGCGUCGUAUCAUGCUGUGUAUGAUUAUUGUACGGUUGAGUUUUUGAGACAGGCGGGUUGUGGGAGGGUUGAGCAUAUGGAGUUGGGGAGGAUGGGCAUCCGUGGGAAUGGGCAUAUGAUGUUUUUGGAGAGGAACAGCGGGGAGAUUCAGAAGGUGGUAGAGGAGUGGAUUCAGAAGUUGUGA